UCUCAACCCCCAAUACAAUACCCACUGAGACCCCAUGUCCGAAAACCAUCCAUUAUAUCACUCAGUAUGUUCUGGCCCGGCUGAGGGUAAAGCGGAAGAAGAGUCCGUGCGAGGGUCAGCUGUUUCUGUAUUUCCCUAAUCAGACUCGAGCCCCUUUGUGCGUUAGCGGUCACAUAUCAGACAGCUGGUGGAGUGAAAUCUGUAAGGACAUGAGAUGUGGAGACUUCAAGGGCUAUAAGCCCACAAAUAAUGCUCCUGGUCAUGUUCUCACAAGAAACAUGACGACGUCAUUCAGUAAAGAAUGCACAGGCCUGCAAAUCACUUGCGAAGAUACUCUAGGAAGUGAGUUGGCUGCCUAUAAAGCAGUAACUGGCAUAUUAAUUUUCUUGAUGUUGGGAGUCAUUCUGGUUCAGUACGGUCAGCCCACAUACAAAGCCAUCCGCAAAAGAUUUUCACAAAAACGGGAGACUCGCUGGGUUGGCCCGACUCAGAGUCAGAGUGUGUCCUAUCACAGAGGUCAAGGUCCCCCAAACAACAACACACUCAAGAGACAAUCCUUUCCUGGUUUGGAGAGGCUGACGGUAAACACGAGCAGAGAGCCCUCGUCUAACCGAAACAGUGACUAUGACUCGUACGGCUUCAACUGAAGGCCUGUGCUCACAGAAGUCCUAAGAGUGUGUUUCCUGACCCUGAGACUCUCUCGUCAGUCUCAUCUAGAAUCAGCAGUCUUGUGUUGUGGGGAUUUGGUUGCUUUGAGCUGUCCUUUGGCAAGUCGAGCAAGGUGUAAAUAUGUUUGAGAA